CAUCUCUACAGGAUGGAGCAGCACACCUCUCUCUACAUGCUACUCUAUUUGCUGAAUACUGUGAUAUACUCUGGACAUGCUCAAAUUAAUGCCUCUCUGAGCAUCAGUCCUGACAGAUCUCAGUUCUUUGAAUAUGAGUCUGUCUCUCUGAGCUGUGAUGUUCAGAGCUCUACUGGAUGGAGAGUGGUGAGGAACACGCUGAAAGGAGGGACUGAAGAGUGUCCCACUGACUGGGGAUUUUUUAAAGGGUCUUCAUGCACCAUAUCUGCAGUACCAUCAGACAGUGGAGUGUACUGGUGUGAGUCUGGGUCUGGAGAACACAGCAAUGCUGUUAACAUCACAGUACAUGAUGGGGCUGUGAUCCUGGAGAGCCCUGCCAUUCCUGUGACUGAGGGAUAUUUUGUGACUCUGCGCUGCGUAUAUGAAGACAAGAAAACGAAGAAAACAUUCUCAAACUUCAGAGCUGAUUUCCAUAAUGAUGGAUCCCUCAUCAUGACCAACACUACAGGGGAGAUGACCAUCCCUGCAGUAUCCAAAUCAGAUGAAGGGCUCUACAAGUGUAACAACACUAAAGGAGAAUCACCAGAGAGCUGGAUGACUGUGACAGUUCCAUCUUCAGCUCCAGGGCCAGCCCCAUCUCCAGCAGUCCCAGUGUGGUCCAUCUCUCUGCCCAGGCUGCUGUGUAGUCUACUAGUAGUGUCUCCUUACCUGCUGGUGACCAUCAUACUGGUGGUGAAAUGCAACAGCCGCAGGAGCAUGGCUCGAGCUCAAUCUGAUGAAGAGAAGAAAAGAUGUACUGUCAUCACAUAAUCAGGAUGGAAUGUUACGCAACAACACACUUUAUGGGAACCAUGUUGAUAUGGUAACAUCGGUGGACAUUGUUAAAGAGAAGAGUAACCAUGUUAUUGUUGUUGUGUUGGAGUAAACACACUACUGUAGGCCCAUGUCUGUGUCAUGCUCCAUGUAGCAUUGUAAGGUUGUGUUGUGUUACAGGUCGGAGAGAGAGAGAGAGAGAGAGAGAGAGAGAGAGAGAGAGAGAGAGAGAGACAGACAGACAGACAGACAGACAGACAGACAGACAGACAGACAGACAGACAGACAGACAGACAGACAGACAGACAGACAGACAGACAGACAGACAGACAGACAGACAGACAGACAGACAGACAGACAGACAGAAGCCUGACUGAAGGAUGGGGGAGAGAAGAAGACCCCCCACACACACACAUAAACACACACAUACACUGUUACCAUGCACUUGUUUAUCAGAAUAGAGGAUGUGCUGCUGUGUGGCUGGUUGCAUAUGAGCAUAUGCUGUGGUUAACCACUUUCUCUGUCCUUUUGUCUUCUGCUGCCCCCUUCCCUCCCUGCUCUACAUGCUUCACUGCCAAAGCUGUAGCGGGCUAAAAAGCUACUGGUAAGUUAAAGCUGGACCACAAACAUCAACAAGUUAAAAAAAAAAAAUUCUGUGAAGUGUGAAGUUUCCAGAACUGUGGUUAGAACAGACUAACUUCCCUCAGUAUCUACUGCACUCAUGUAUGUGUCACUGGUACAGGGAGACUUGUAAUAUUAUGCCCCUGGUGAAUGUCUUAAAGGUUUGCAGGUGUUUUUUAAAUUGACAUUUUAGAACUGAUAACCAAUAGCAGGCGUCAGGCUUAUUGUGUCCAUGCUUUCCACAGCCUGAGGAAAUGUAUCUGAUCAAAUACUUAUUUCCCUCAUUAAAAUGCAAAUCAAUUUCUAACAUUUUUUACAUGCGUUUUUCUGGAUUUUUUUUGUUGUUAUUCUGUCUCUCACUGUUCAA